CUCUGCUGGGGCGGGUCCGGCAGCGCUUCCUCCUCGCCUCCCCGCGCGCUCCUGGUAGCCCGCGGCCGCCGGGCCGCUCCACGGGGCUCAGGCCGAAUCCAGCAGAUCCGGCCUAGGCCCCGGCGCGCGGGGGCGGCAACAUGUCGGAUCCUAGCUACUGGACGGCGGUGGCGGCUCCAGGACACCGUAGCCGCUUGGCUAAGGGAGCGCUGCUACAGCGUUCCAAAAGCUGCCGCAGUGGCAACAGAAAGAGCCUAGUUGUGGGGACACCCUCACCUACUAUCUCCAGGCCUCUGUCACCAUUAUCUGUCCCAACAGCAGGUAACAGCCCCUUGGACAGUCCUCGGAACUCUUCUGUCGCAGCAGCCAUCAACUUCCCCUUUGCCCGGAGGGCUGAUGGCAGAAGAUGGUCACUCGCUUCUCUCCCAUCCUCCGGCUAUGGCACCAACACUCCCAGCUCUACUGUGUCGUCAAGCUCAUCCUCCCGAGAGCGUCUACACCAGCUUCCCUUCCAGCCCACAGCGGACGAGCUGCGCUUCCUGUCCAAGCACUUCCGCAGCUCAGAGAGCAUGGUAGAUGAGGACGGAGGAGGCCGUUCCCCACGCCUGCGCCCACGCUCACGCAGCCUCAGCCCUGGGCGUACAUCGGGAACCUUUGACAAUGAGAUUGUGAUGAUGAAUCACGUGUACCGGGAGCGCUUCCCCAAGGCCACUGCACAGAUGGAAGGCCGGCUGCAGGACUUCCUGGCGGCAUUCGCCCCUGGCAACCGCCUGGCACUGGCUGACGGUGUCCUGGGCUUCAUCCAUCAUCAGAUUGUGGAGCUGGCACGGGACUGCCUAGCCAAGUCGGGCGAGGCCCUGGUCACCUCCCGCUAUUUCCUAGAGAUGCAAGACAAACUGGAGCGGCUGCUGCAGGAUGCUCAUGAGAGGUCUGACAGCGCUGAGGUAGGCUUCAUUGUACAACUGGUUCGCAAGCUGCUCAUCAUCAUCUCGAGGCCUGCACGGCUGCUCGAGUGCCUGGAGUUCGACCCAGAGGAAUUCUACCAUCUGCUGGAGGCUGCCGAGGGCCAGGCCCGCGAGGACCAGGGUGUGAAGACUGACCUGCCACGCUACAUCAUCCGCCAGCUGGGCCUGGCCAAGGACCCGCUGGAAGAGAUCCAGCCCCUGAAAGACCUUGAUGAAGACCAGCCCCCAGCUCCUGGAUACCCUGAGAGUCGAGGACUGGGUGGUCCAUCCCGGAGGAAGCCAUGUGAGAGUGACUUUGAGACCAUCAAACUCAUCAGCAAUGGAGCCUAUGGAGCUGUCUACCUGGUGCGCCACCGGGACACGCGGCAGCGCUUCGCCAUCAAGAAGAUCAACAAGCAGAAUCUGGUCCUGCGCAACCAGAUUCAGCAGGUGUUCGUGGAGCGCGACAUCCUCACCUUCGCUGAGAACCCCUUCGUGGUCGGCAUGUUCUGCUCCUUUGAGACCCGCCGCCACCUCUGCAUGGUCAUGGAGUAUGUGGAAGGCGGCGACUGUGCCACACUUCUGAAGAACAUGGGCCCGCUGCCUGUGGACAUGGCGCGCAUGUACUUCGCAGAGACGGUACUGGCGCUGGAGUAUCUGCACAACUAUGGCAUUGUGCACCGUGACCUCAAGCCUGACAACCUGCUCAUCACCUCCCUUGGCCACAUCAAGCUGACGGACUUUGGCCUUUCCAAGAUCGGCCUCAUGAGCAUGGCCACCAACCUGUAUGAAGGGCACAUCGAGAAGGAUGCCCGAGAGUUUGUGGACAAGCAGGUGUGUGGGACGCCGGAGUACAUCGCACCAGAGGUGAUCUUCCGCCAGGGCUACGGGAAGCCAGUGGACUGGUGGGCUAUGGGCAUCAUCCUGUACGAGUUCUUGGUGGGCUGUGUGCCGUUCUUCGGGGACACACCUGAGGAGCUGUUUGGACAGGUGGUCAGUGAUGAGAUCAUGUGGCCAGAGGGAGACGAGGCACUUCCUGCUGAUGCCCAGGAUCUCAUCACCAGGCUUCUGCGUCAGAGCCCAAUGGAGAGGCUGGGAACUGGGGGCACCCAUGAGGUGAAGCAGCAUCCCUUCUUCCUGGCCUUGGACUGGGCGGGGCUUCUGAGACACAAGGCAGAGUUUGUUCCACAACUUGAAGCUGAAGAUGACACUAGCUACUUUGACACGCGCUCUGAACGUUACCGACACUUGGGCUCUGAGGAUGAUGAGACCAAUGAUGAGGAAUCUUCCACAGAGAUCCCCCAGUUUUCCUCCUGUUCCCACCGCUUCAGCAAGGUUUAUAGCAGUUCUGAGUUCCUGGCUAUUCAGCCCACCCCCACCCUUGCUGAAAGGAGCUUCAGUGAGGACCGAGAAGAAGGGUGGGGGCAUAGCAGCGAAGGGGACAGUGGUCGGCGGCUGAGCACUGACCUCCGGCUGCGUUCCUGGACAUGUGCCUCCUCAUGUCUGCCUUCUUCCUCCAUACCUGACCGUGGUCCCAGCCCGACUCUCCUGAACACCAUCAGCCUGGAUACGAUGCCUAAAUUUGCCUUCUCAUCUGAAGAUGAAGGAGCAGGUUCAGGGCCUGCUGACCCCAAGAAGCCUGUCUUUACCCUGGGGGAGCCUGACCCACCCCCCACCACUCCAGUGGCACCCAAGCCCUGCAACCUUUCUGCUGAUACUGCUGUCCUCAGCCACUCCCGCCUUCGAAGUAACAGCACAGGUGCCCGGCACUCCACACCUCGGCCCCUGGAUGGGGUCAGAGGUCGCCGCCUGGGAUGCCCAAGAGACCCUGGGCCUGAGAAGUCCCGGGCCUCCCCUGGUGGUGGCGGGGGUGGGGGCCGAGUGCCCAAGUCUGCCUCGGUAUCCGCCUUAUCCCUCAUCAUCACAGCAGACGAUGGCAGCGGGGGUCCCCUCAUGAGUCCCCUGUCGCCCCGCUCGCUGUCCUCCAAUCCCUCCUCCCGAGACUCCUCACCCAGCCGGGACCCAUCACCCGUGUGUGGCAGCCUGCGGCCCCCCAUCGUCAUCCACAGCUCAGGCAAGAAGUAUGGCUUCAGCCUGCGUGCCAUUCGCGUCUACAUGGGCGACAGUGACGUGUACACGGUGCACCAUGUGGUCUGGAGUGUGGAGGAGGGGAGCCCCGCACAGGAGGCAGGACUGCACGCAGGCGACCUCAUCACGCACAUCAAUGGAGAGUCAGUUCUGGGCCUGGUGCACAUGGAUGUGGUGCAGCUGCUACUGAAGAGUGGCAACAAGAUCUCCCUACGCACCACGGCCCUGGAGAAUACCUCCAUUAAGGUGGGACCCGCGCGGAAGAACAUGGCCAAGGGCCGCAUGGCCCGCAGGAGUAAGCGCAGCCGCAGGCGUGAGACCCAGGACCGGCGAAAGUCUCUAUUUAAGAGGAUCUCCAAGCCAUCUUCUGUGCUCCACACCAGCCGUAGCUUCUCGUCAGGCCUCCACCACUCCCUGUCCUCCAGCGAGAGCCUCCCUGGUUCGCCCACUCACAGCCUGUCCCCAAGCCCCACCACUCCCUGCCGAAGCCCCGCGCCCGAUGCUCCCCCAGACACAGCAUCCCCACCCAGUGUAUCCCCAAGCUCCAGCAGCCCUGCCUCCCCUGCUACUGGCCACACUCGUCCCAGCUCACUGCAUGGCCUGGCAGCCAAGCUUGGGCCACCUCGUCACAAGAGUGGCCGCCGCAAGUCUACCAGCAGUAUCCCACCAUCCCCGCUGGCCUGCCCACCAGUGCCCACGCCCCCGCCACGCUCACCAUCGCCCCUACCAGGUCACAUCCCCAUACCUGUGAGGUCCCCUAGGCUGCGCAGGGGCCAGUCCGCUGACAAAUUGGGCCUGGGCACCAGUGAGCGGCUGGAGGGGGAUGGAGGAUGGCGUGGCAGGGGGACUGAAGCUGAGCUGGUUGUCAUGAGGAGAUUACACCUCUCUGAGCGCAGGGACUCCUUCAAAAAGCAGGAGGCAGUGCAGGAGGUGAGCUUCGAUGAGGAGCCUGGACCGCCUAGAGCAGUGCCCAAGAUCGCUGUGCAGGGUGCAGAGGCCACUCCCGGAACCCCAGGGCCAGCCAUAAAAGACUAAAUGCCAUCCCUGGCUGCAGUUCCUCAGGGAGCUGUCAUCUCCACAGUCACACCUGGAUGGGGAGCAGCCAUCAGCCUGGCACAUGUCGCUCGAGGGUGCUCCCCUACCCAAAGGAGCUGGGAUGGAGGUGCCUGUGACUUGUAAAUAGCAGGCCCUUUCAACUAAUUUAUUACUUUUUAUAAGCAAUAGCCAGGCUGGCCACCCUGGUCCAUGCAGCUGUCAGUCUUGGCCUUGGCCCCUAGGGCAAGGCUUCAGACCCUGUCCUCUGGGCCAAGGCAGAACACUCUGGGCAACUUCUGUGUUUUCUAGUUUGUUCCCUGUCCUUCCCAAGUGUAUGUGUGUUAUGUAUGUGUCCCCUUCUCAAUUCCAGCCCAAGACCCACUCCAAAGCACACACCUGUCCCAGCCCAGUUUGGACAGGAUUUGGGAGCUGGGUGUAUUGGCACAUGCUUGUCCCAAAACUAUGGAGGCUGAAACAGGACCAUCAGUUCCAUGGCGUGCUGCAUCCUUUGUGGGAGCAGCCCACACUGUCUUACUGCAUUUUGCCUCUGAUCCUGCAUGCUUUGGCUUAGAGGUGUGGGAACCAGGGUUUUGAUGGAUGAAUAGGAGCUCACUGGAUUGAGGUGGAGCAGCCCAUGCACUCUGGAGGAUGUAACUGACAAACCUAAGGGCACCAUCAAGGUGGGAAAGAAGUGUAUCCCCUGCAGGGUUGGAACAGCACUUGGCAAGCAGGUGAGGACCACGCCUGACCCCCCACACCACUUAACUUUGUCACCACGGUGAUCCAGGCCCAUGAGGUCUCCCCGGUUGUCAUGGCCUCUCUCUGCCAGUCUAGAUAGAGGCCUGAGGCAACUUCAGCUUUGCUGUGUGCCUCUGGGGGAAUGUCCUCCCCAUUCUGUGCCCGGGCUGCUGUAUUUACAAGACUUGAGCACUGAGCGCUCCUGGACCCCCAGCUUUUUGUGUGAUCCAAGUAGCUGAGGCCAGAGGCUUGUCCCACAACGGCCCAGUGACAGGAUCUGCCUGGCUUUGGUGUGAGCAUGGUAAUGCGUAGCCCAGGUUAUCCCCCUUGAUGCUGUGUGAUCUAGUAGGCAUCUAGUAGGUCGCCAGAUAUGCAGCUCUACCCACUCUGUGAGGGGGUUCCCAGGCACUCAAACCUGCUCUGCACCCUCCCUGACUCCAGCCAGCACUGCCUGCUGGGAGACCAAGGCUGUGCAUGAUUAGCCCUCCGCCCAUCCUGGAGCUGGCAUUAAAUAAAAACUCGUGCUAAUAACAAA